GGUAACUCGGAUAAUGGCCGCUAGGUAAGAUGAGUGGAUGGGCCGCGUCCUUUCAGUGUGAAGCGCUCCCUUCAAGAAGACCGUUAACUCGGGCGGUGCCGAGUUAAAAUGGUCGAUAUCCGACCCGAAAGGCAUCCAGAAACCGUUGUACAUAGUGCGAACAUCGUCCUUCAAACAGCACCCACAAUUAACAUCACGUCUUAGUGGUCAGUUCUGCCUUUGGAUCAGAGCUUAAACUGAAGCCAUGGCAGUGAAGGACCGCGUAGAGGCUGUGCUCAAUGUGGGUCUGCGUGUUCCCAGCAUCAUGCUGCUGGAUGUCCUGUACCGCUGGGAUGUCAGCUCCUUCUUCCAGAAGAUCCAGCGCUCCAGCCUUUCCAACAACCCCCUCUUUCAGUACAAAUACCUGGCACUCUACCUGCACUACGUAGGUUACAUCUUGAGCUUGGUGCUUCUGACUCUGCCUCGUCAGCACCUGGUUAAACUUUACCUGUAUGUUCUUACGGCUCUGCUGCUAUUUGCUGGUCACCAAGUCUCAAGGGAUUACGUUCGCAGUGAACUGGACUCUGGCUAUGAAGGACCCGUCUACCUGGAACCUCUCUCCAUGAACAGAUUCACCACUGCACUCAUAGGUCAGCUGGUGGUUUGUACUCUUUGUUCCUGUGUGAUGCAAACAAAGAGGAUUUGGCUUUUCUCGGCUCACCUCCUCCCUCUGGUGGCUAGACUGUGUCUCGUCCCACUUGAGACCAUCGUCUUCAUCAAUAAGUUCUCAAUGAUCUUCACAGGACUGGAGGUCAUUUACUUCCUGGCAUCUAACUUACUGGUACCAUAUAACCUGGCCAAGACUGCCUACAGGGAGCUGGCUCAGGUGGUGGAAGUGUACGGGCUUCUUGCUUUGGGUAUGUCUCUGUGGAACCAGCUGGUCCUUCCAGUUCUCUUCAUGUGUUUCUGGCUGCUGCUGUUUGCUCUGCAGAUCUACUCAUACUUCAGCACAAGAGACCAGCCUGCCUCCAGAGAGAGGCUCCUUUUCCUUUUUCUUACUAGUAUUGCAGAAUGUUGUAGUACGCCGUACUCUCUGCUGGGCCUGGUUUUCACAGUUUCGUUCAUCGCACUGGGGGUUCUCACAUUGUGCAAGUUCUAUCUGCAAGGCUACAGAGCCUUUAUGAAUGACAACACCAUGCACAGGGGGAUGACAGAAGGCAUCACCUUGCUGAUCCUCGCUGUCCAAACUGGCCUCAUCGAGCUGCAGGUUAUCCAUCGAGCCUUCCUGCUCUCGAUCAUCCUCUUCAUUGUUGUUGCUUCCAUCCUGCAGUCGAUGCUGGAGAUAGCUGACCCUAUAGUCCUAGCCCUGGGAGCAUCUAGAGACAAGAGUUUGUGGAAGCACUUCCGAGCGGUGUCUCUUUGUCUCUUCCUGCUGAUCUUUCCAGCCUACAUGGCGUAUAUGAUCUGCCAGUUCUUCCACAUGGACUUCUGGCUUCUCAUCAUCAUCUCCUCCUCAAUUCUCACUUCUCUCCAGGUUCUCGGUACUCUGUUGAUCUAUGUUCUCUUCAUGGUGGAGGAAUUUCGUAAAGCUCCAGUAGAGAACAUGGAUGAAGUUAUCUACUGUGUCAAUGGGACCUACAGAUUGCUGGAGUUUCUGGUUGCGGUGUGCGUGGUGUGCUAUGGCGUGUCAGAGACUGUAUUUGGCGAGUGGAGUGUGAUGGGUAGUACCAUCAUCCUGGUCCACUCAUACUAUAACGUCUGGCUCCGAGCCCAGCUGGGCUGGCAGAGCUUCCUGCUCAGGAGAGAUGCUGUAAACAAGAUAAAAAGCCUUCCCACAGCUAGCAACACACAGCUGGAGCAGUAUAAUGACAUCUGUGCUAUCUGCUUCCAGGACAUGACCAGUGCUGUGAUCACUCCAUGCAGUCAUUUCUUCCACGCUGGCUGUCUGAAGAAAUGGCUGUAUGUCCAGGAAACAUGCCCCCUCUGUCAUUCCCAACUCAAGAGCCAAUCUCCAACCACUAGUGUCCCUACCCAAGAUACACCUGCAGCCAAUCAGAACCCUGCAGGGCAGGAAGAAGUCCCAGACAACAAGGAGGAGGAAGAUAGCACUCUACCAGAUGCUGGGAAAGAGGAGGCAUCAGUAGAGCAGGAGGGAGACAAUGAACCUGCCAUAUCAGCUGGAGAAACCUUCUCUUCCUCCUCCCCCACUGGCAUGCAGUCUGCUCCCCUGCACAUUGUCAAGCCUCCAUUAUCAUCUUCCUCUUGUUCUUCUUCGCCACUUGUGACUGAUUCUGUGCCGAGCCAGUUCCCAGCAGAUCAUCCCUCUUCGUCUUCUUUCUCUACCUCUGACACAUCGGACAUGCCCGACAUUCCUUCAUCCAUCUCCCAUACUUUCACCCUCUCCGUCUUUCACCACUCCUCUUCACAGGUACUGAAACAAGCAGAGAUAAACCGUUCUGAACCCGAGCCCACCCCUCAGCUAAACUCAGUCUCCCUACUGGACAGCCAGGAAACAGCUACUGGUCCAUUAUCACAAUCUAACCCACCAACUUCCCAUUCAGAGGAGCAUCCACCUCCUCCUGCUCCUCCUCCAUUCAACGCCUGAGCUCCAUCAUAACACCACACAACAUACCUGCAUGCAUAUAUAAACACAAAUUCUAAAUAAUCCCCUAUUCUAUUUGUCCAGCUGUUUGCUGUUGGCUCUCCCAUCAUGUUCAACUCUUUCAUAUCCAUAUUGAGUAAAAAGAAAAUCUAAAAGAAUCUCUAAGCAGAUAUUCUUAACUCAGUAUUUUAAAAAAAUGACUGAUUGCAACUUUAUAAAAUGCUAUUAUUUGUUAGGCAGUUGUCUUGGAGCAGUUAAACGUGUCCCAUGAUCGGUAUAACUCAUGCCAGCAGUGAUUUCAUCACAGGUGCAGUUCUUUUUUCCAUGUUAGGGGGAUUCAAAGUUAACACAAAAAGCAGGAUAUAAUAAUCUCAUCUCAGAAUUAAUUGGGAGUUUUACACCGUGUUCAAAAAAUGUGAAAUUCUGAUUCUGUCACUGUACCACCACCACCCCCCCCACC